GUUUGUUUACCACUUUCCCAGGACGACGACAGCCCAGAUUCCCGACGGACCCUGAACGCAGCAAGUGCUCCAUGCUAUGCGGACGCGGCUAGCUGUUAGCUCGUUUUUAUUUCCACUUUUAACAUCUUUAAAGCUUCACAAUAAAGUUUGUACUCACGGGAGAGAAACGUAUUUACAUCCUGUUGAAAGUCAUCUGAUGUACUGGAUUAUUGUUGAAGAGUUGAAGACCAUUGCAAUUACUGUUAUCUACAGUAUAUUACUGCCCAGAGAGCUGUGGUUGCACGAAUGACUGCAAAGGUCAAAGAUAAGGCUACACAUUAAGGGAAGAAGAUGAAAGAAUCAACCAGGAGGUCUUUGGAACAGAUUUUCUGCAGCGUCGUCUUCAUCCUCCGUUCAGCUGCCCCGAUAUGAGUCCGUCUCCCACCGUCCCCUCCUCAGUUGAAUAUGUCAAAGCUGCAGACGUCAAAGUCAUCGCCGCGCUGGGAGACUCUUUAACUACAGCUAUUGGUGCCAACGGUUCUACCAUUUUAGCGAUUCCUUUCGAAUUUCGCCAAGUUUCCUGGAGCAUCGGAGGAUAUGGAACUUAUCAAAAUGUCAUAACACUGGCAAAUAUUUUUAAACUCUUCAAUCCCAAACUGCUGGGUCCAGCACCCGUGAUGACCUUACAUGGCAGCGCGACGACCGUCAACGAGACCGGCUUCAACUUCGCCAUCACGGGCCACAACACGCUAAACGUGUCAGAUCAGAUACGAACCAUGAUAGACACGUUCAAGUCUUACCCAGGUCUGAACUUCCAAGAGGACUGGAAGGUGGUGACGAUGCUGAUCGGCAUGAACGACAUCUGUGAUUACUGUAAAAACAAAACGCUGUACUCCCCCGACAACUUCAUUCAUUACAUGACAGAAGCUUUAGACCUGAUGAUGAACGAGAUCCCCAGGAUGAUCGUCAACGUGGUGCAGAUUCUUCCUAUGAAGCCUCUCAGAGAAGUUCAGAGGCCAACCGUCGGCUGUCAGCUUCAAAAGAGUUUCUGCUCUUGCCUCGUUCAACCUGAAGAAAACUCCACUGAGCUGGAGGAGGUGGUCGAGAUUAAUUACGAGUUCCAGAGAAGAUUAGAGAAGCUUCUGCACAGCGACCGUUUCUUCAAAAAGGACUUUGCUGUUGUUCUGCAACCUUAUUUAGAGAACGCAGGGCCACCAAGACUUCCUAACGGGACGCUUGACUUGAGCUUCUUCACAGCAGAUUGUUUCCACUUCACUGUUAAAGGUCACGAGGAGCUGGCAAAGGGACUGUGGAACAACAUGUUCCAGCCUGAGGGAGAGAAAGAGAUGAUAGAGACAUUUUCAAAGCCAAUAAAACUCAUCUGCCCCACGAAGGAGCAUCCGUACAUCUACACCAGACCUCGACUUAAAUCGUCUUCACCGACGCUGAAACAUUUCUCCAUGAAUGCGCUGAUGUCUCUGCUUGCUGUGAUUUAUUAUCUGUAGCUCAUCGCCUGGAUUUAUUCCCACUGGAGCCACCAAACCUUCUCAGGAAGGUUUAACUUACUUUGUGUGAAAGACUUUCCACCAUAUGCAGACUGAUUGAUCAGCUGAUGACGUAAUCAAUAAACAGACCAGUUUAUAUGACAGAUAAUCCACCAUUACAGCAUCAUUUCAGUAAAACAUAGAAGAAAUGAUCUCUUUUUACUAAAUAUUAUGAUCCUAAAAUACUUUAAUUCAUUUGAUUGCAGUGGCUUUUUAACUACUGUAUGUCUUAUUUUAUAAAAAUAAAUCCCUCUACAUUUAAGCUAAGUAACUGUAUGAAUAUGCAUUUUCUUGCAGUUGUAUUUACUUAUGUAUUCUUUUACUUAUAUUUCUGUCAGAUAUUAAAUGACAGCAGCCAUAAUAAACUAAUAUAAUUGAUCAUUUAAUACAAAGACAAUCAUAAGAGAUGAAAAACAAGACCAACUAACAGGCAAUAUGUAUGAAAUUAAACCUUAAAACUGUCAAAAAGUCACACUAAUAUGACAUCUGUUUAUAUAUAUAAUUCAUAAUUUAAGUAAUUCAUAUAGUAAAAAUCCACUACCAGCAGACUGACUCAUUAUGUUGACAAUGUACACUUCCACGCUGUAUACAUAUACUCCUGUACCUAAAUGUCAGUGUAAACUCAGUCCUGUACCACAGAUACAAAUAAACA